UCAACUUGUUAGCCUACAAGUGCAGCAGCUCGGCGCGCAACUUAGGACUUCUCCAUUCUGUGUCUAGAAACAUCUCUUUUUGGAUUGAUUCCAAACCUCCACCUGCUGAAUUUCAACCUUUUGUGAACGAACAUCGGCUGUUAUCACGCGUGUCUCCCCUGUCACUGUCUCUCCUGAUGUGCGACAAGCAGUCUGCGAGAGUGGAUCUGGGGACAAACAGCCCACUCCUGCGCCUCCUCUAGCAAGGGAAGCCCCCCACGCGUUGCGCGCCCGGAUCGCCGGUAUAAAUUCGCGUCGCGGAGUGCGUGUGCAUGUGCAUGUGCUUCAGGCUCUUAAUGUGUAUGUCCGCGCACGAUAAAGCCUCGGGCUCCGUCCUCAACAGUUGCUACCGGAGCGGCGGAGAGGAGAGGUGGAGAGCGAGAGAGACAGCAGACUGAGGACGGACGGACGCGGAGCUCCACGCCGCUGUGACCGGCUCUGCUCCUGACAUGCAGUCGCUCAUCUCUCCGGUGACCAAGGCCAUCCUAGUAGCGCUCUUCAUCUUCGCCAUACUCCUCAUCCUCUAUGUGAUCCUUUGGUACAUUUGCAGAGACGUGGACUGCGACCACGGCAUUUGAGGAUUCCGUUAAAAACGGGAAAAACGGGAAUUUCACAAUGGGGCGCGCAGAGGAGCCCGCAGAGCCCAGGGUCAUCCCUGAUGCCCAGACAAGAUGGCAAGGUUGCCAUAGUGACAGGAGGAGUCAGGGGAAUCGGCUAUGAGGUAGUCCGCCACAUGGCCAGACUGGGGGCGCAUGUUAUCAUAGGUGGGAGAAAUGAGCAGGAGGGUCAGGCAGCCGUCAGAAGGAUCUGUGAGGAGUACAAGGAGGCCAAAGUGGAGUUUACAAAACUGGACCUAGCCUCUUUGCAAUCUGUCCGUCAAUUUGUCCAGAGCUUCAAGGAGCGAAACCUGCCACUAAACAUUCUGGUCAAUAAUGCGGGUGUCAUGCUUGUUCCUGAGGGCCGGACUGAGGAUGGAUAUGAGCGGCACUUUGGCGUGAACUACCUAGGCCACUUCCUGUUGACCUGGCUUCUCCUGGACAUACUGAAGGAUUCUGGGAAAUAUGGUUCCUUUUCCCGUGUAGUCAGCGUCUCCUCCUCUGCCCAUCGAGUUGGCGAGAUCAGACUAAAUGACCUAAAUAGUUGUCAGUCAUAUUCAGCUCAUGCUGCUUAUUGCCACAGUAAGCUGGCCCAGUUGUUAUUUAGUUCCCACCUUCAUCAGGAGCUGCAGCAUGGAGGUUUCCCACUGAGUUCAUGUGCUGUGGAUCCUGGCAUGGUGGAUACUGGUCUCUAUCGCCACAUGUGGAUGCCACUCUACCUGGCACAGAGAGCCAUUGCUCGCCUGCUUUUCCGGACUCCUGCAGAGGGUGCUGCCACUGUACUGUACGCAGCUCUGUCACCGGACCUAGAGGGGGAGUGUGGAGGAGGCUACUGGGCCAACGGUCAUAGGGAGAUGACAACACCACCUACCUUUGACCCCCAGCUGCAGCUAAACCUUUGGGAAACCAGCCUGCGGUUGCUUGACCUGCAUUAGCACGGGACUAAAAGUUGGCUAACUAGACAAAACCUCGAGGAAAAGACACUCGGGCCAACCAGCCACCUUCUCCACCCUCCCCUUUUCUCAGUAAUUUUUCUCCGCCCAUACCUCACGCAGAGGUGUUUGCAUCGAUUUACGUUUGACAAUCUCACAAUCCACCGCUGGACUGUGAUUGGUUAUUUGGAGAGUAAACACCUCCUUUUUGUUCCAGACCCGCCAAAGAAGGGCUACAGGGGAUGGAUGACGUGUUUUUUUUUGUUUGCUUGUUUUUCCACUACGAGCAAACACGCACAUAUACGACCACAUUCUAUGGUUGUAUCGACACAUGAUUUUUCUGUCAUAGAUAACUGCUGACAUGAAGAAGUUUAUUCCCCGAUCGUAGCUAACCGCCGAUGUUGCUUCACAGUGUCGCUUUCGAAAAUCUGCAAUGACACCUGCAUCACUCUGCCUUAAUGUCAUUCGUCUGGCUUUGGGUGAAGUUCAUUGUCCAUUAGUGAACUAAAUGCUGUUUCCAUUCUAAAGAUGGAAAAAUCUCAGCAAACAUUGAAAUGCUUUUAGAACAUAUAAAUACUUCAAUUCAAAAGACAAAUCUUGGGUUAGUAUACUGGCUUCAAAAUCAGUUUGUCAAGCCUUAGCACAGACACACACACACACACACACACACAGAUUCAUGCACCGUGACACGACAGUGAUCUGAUUAUUCAAAUCUGAACCCGUCUUGCUGUGGCAGGACAAUGUGAUGUCAUCAGUUUGCUUUGAGACAUCACAACGAUAUCUCAGAUUAUCGUGCCAUCCCGCUCGUUUUGACUGUGAGCACUUUGAUUAUUACUGGUACAUUCUUAUGAUUAUACUAAUUACUACUGAAUCCUCAUGUUUCCUGCUGGUAGGUGUAUAAUAAGCUUUGUAUUUUUUUUCCCCCUGCUCUUCUCAUGAAGAUGCUGGAAAGACAUUAUCGACUCCUCUUUCCUCUCUCUCUCUCUCUCUCUCUCUCUCUCUCUCUCUCUCUCUCUCUCCACCACUCAGCAAUCCAACAAAAAAUGGGGGGAUUUUGGAAGACUAUGAAAAAAGAAAGUGAUCCCCUGUAAACGCAGGCCUAAAAUUGGAGCAGUUCUCCCUACAGGCUCGAGAUUGAGAAGACAUCCAGUUUUGUUCUGGGGAAUUUUUUUUAGCAGAUUUCCAGGAUUUCCAGACGCUCCUAUUUGUCUGCUCUGAAACAAAAAGGAAAGGGAUGGGGAACCCACUGCCACUUCACUCUGGCCCUGUUUUCCUUUCUGAUCUGUGUUAAUCGGUUUUACUGCAUCUGUGAUACGUGUGUGUGUGUGUGUGUGUGUGUAUGUGUGUGUGUGUUGUCAUGAGUUAAGAAUUAACUGGACCCAAUUCAUGUCGAAGGAUAGCACAAUGAUGGACAGCAACAGGAAAAGAGAGAGAGAGAGAAAGAGAUAGAGCGAAUGCACUUUUUUUUCCCUAAGUAAUCAAGCUGUGAUUGGUUCCUCAUUGCUGCUGCUACCGCUUCCUCAUUUGGCGCGGCUCCCAGUGCAUUGUGGGAUUGAGAUUUCCCAGUGGUGAGAAUCAAACUCCAUCUGCCGAGCUGCCACGCACACACGCAUUCAGAAACAGUGGAAGCAGUACAUCCAGGCACAGGCUUAUCUAAACAAGCACACAGCAAAUAAACGCGUCUCUUACUCAUGCAGGAAAAUACACACACACACACACACAAACACACACGCACACACGCACACACACACAUGCAACACACUGCGCCAUAAUGCCAUCUCCACUGUGAUAAACCAUUUUAGCUGUGAAGAUGAAAAGUUUUAUCUGAAAUUAAAAGUUUUGGCUAAAAAUCCUUCCCCGUAUGCCAUCUCAUGGCUGUAUCUCCGCUUUAAAUACUGCCACAGAGCAUCCAGCAUUCAUUAUCUGCCGUAUGUGAAGCAAUAGUAUCACUGUGGUAGCUAAUGCAGUCGCACAGAGCCAGGCAUCAGAAUAAGGAACGAAAGUGUAUGACUGGAAAAGAUACCAGCUCAAGUUACUCAUCAGGAAUUCAAACCAUCUACGUGUAUAAAACCAUUUAAAGAAGACCUUGUCAGUGUGCAUUGUUUUGAAUGGUUAAAUUUAAGGUAGUAUUUUCCACGAUGCAGUUUGAAGAUGUGUCACAGUUCAUGGGCUGGAUCCUCUGUAGGAUGCAGCCCACAAAGUGUCAGGCCGAACGCACACCUCUCCUCAAAAUGGGACAAAAGUUAAUAAAAUUAAUAGUGUGUUCGGAAGCUCUUCGUCAACUCAUAAAGUUGGAAAUGUCAUCAACCAGCCAGCAAAGUGUGGUAUGAGCUGUGUGACGCUUAACAUCGACACCAGGCAAACAGUGGACCAGGUUAAUGUUGAAAUACAUCCACUUAACUUCCAUUUAUUUGUGAUGCCCUGUGAUCAACAUGUCCAUGCUGCAAAUAGUGGAGUUCACGCCUGGCUUCCAUUAUUUACAACCUGUUGUUGGUUUUCAUUCAUGUAAUAUUAUGACCAGUGAUCGAUCACCUUAACACAAGUACCUGGUAAAUAUGACAUGACCACAUACAUUUAUGAGUUGCCUUAAUGCUUUGUUGAACAGUCGAUCGGCACAUAAUGGAUUGUUGAAUCUUGAGGCUCAGACGUGUAACAAAAAAAGGGGGGGUCAGUGUUUCUUGGCCAGUUAUGAUGUCUCUGAUGUGACAUGAACAUGGCAUAACUCCAGGAAUACACAUCACAGCUUACUCUGACCAGCCCCCCUUAUAGAGUUACUGAAAUCUGUCCAAUCAGGCAGGUUUUCAAUAUUUGAACUGGAAAACCUCCACCAGCAGAUUUACCUCAUUUGAAUGAUUCCAGUCAGCCAAUCAGGGUUCAGUGUGUUGAGGAUUCAGUCUAAAAAAUUCAGAUUUUAAUUAACAUUUAUUUUGCAAACUAUCACAAUCCAGGACUCAUUCAAGGGAGGCAAAAUCAUUUGUCUUCUGGUAGAGCAGAUGUGUGGGAAUUGAAAUGCCAGAAAUAAUCCUGACUCUGAGAUCUUUUCAUCUACUCCUUGUUGUCACACUGCUUGGAAACAAACUUAACGCCUCAGUGCUUCCUUGUUUGAUUGUGUGGUUCCCCGAGGCUACUGUAAAGUAGUGACUAAAUAAAAGAAUAACAAACAAACCGACCUGUUUUAGACAAAUGCGCUCGCUUCCCUUCACACAAAUGAAAACACCAGCUUACCACUCCGCAGCGCUCAUUUCAAGAGUACAAAGCUACAGUGCGGGCUACAUCCCGUCAAAGAGAGAGCGUGUUUUUUACAGUCCAGCUGCUACAGUCCAUGUAUUAAGAGAGAGAGGGAGAACGAGACUGACUGACUUUUCCUAUCUGAGCACAAGGUUUUCCAAAGACAAGGUGUGGAGAAGUGUGGGAGUCCGUCUUGGAGUGUCAGUGUGCAGAGGAGGGCUGCUAAAUUAUCAAUGAAUUACCCUGUUAUAUAUUUAGCGUUCUCCUGAAGCAUUCUACACAGACAGGACAACGGAGUGAACGUCUGAACUUGAAUUGCAAAUAUAGAAAAAGAGCAAAAACAGCUCAAGUAACUGUCUGUGAUAUUGUCUGUAUGUGAUUUACUUGUAUAAUGAUUAUUUCAAAACGUUGUCACCACUGGACAUUGACCAGUGGAGCUGUAUGUAGACUGACAAUGUCCUAAUAGCCAUUCUUCUCUCUGACCUGGGAUUACAUUUAUAUUAAAUGUUUCAGUCCCAAGUUCUGCAAAUCCUAAAUGUGUAUAUGUAUAGAAAGAGAGAUAAUAUAAAGAUGUAUAACGGGGGGGUUAACCAGAUGAACCGAGUCCUUACUCUGGUACUAGUCGAGUUAAGAGGAAACACAUGCAUAUCCCCUUAGACCAUUUUCAGUGCCACCUUUCACUCGAGUCCCUGCAGGGCUGCAAAUUGAGGAUGUUCCCACCUCAAGUCCAGUGUAAACAUUCAGUCCAUCUGGGCCCCUUAAAGGAUUUACGAAAAUGUGUAAAAUGUUUUAUUUUGAAUUUUGAAUUUUCAUCAUCUUAUUGCUUUUGCCGUGCCUAUGAAGAAAAAUCUCCCUCCUGUAUGUGUAACUGUGAAUUUUACAUGUAGAAACGAGCUUGUAGAAACUGUGAUUUACCGUCCUGUCCUGUGCAUUGCCGUAAGAUUUUUCUCUCUUUGAAGUGGUGGGAGUGGUUGAGGUGUGUGUGCGUGUAUGUGUGCGUGCGUGUGUCUGCGUGUGUGUCUAGAUAAGGGAGUUCAUGUUUUUUGUCAAUGGUUGUGACAUUCCAGCAGCAGCCACCACCUUUUCUAUUAUCCAAAGCUUCUCAAUAAACAUAUCAUUGUGCCAC